AUGAAUACCAGACCAGCGAUAGAGAACUCGAGGAAUCCCGCAGCCUUAUCGGCUUCCUUCAACCACGAUGCCAGCUGCUUUGCCAUUGGACUUGAUACAGGAUUUCGUGUAUUCAACACAGAAGGAUGUCAACAACGAGUUACCAGAGAUUUCAACGGCGGAGUUGGAAUAGCAGAAAUGCUUGGAAAGACCAACUAUAUCGCACUAGUUGGUGGCGGAAAACAACCAAAGUUCGCUCAAAAUAAGGUAAUCAUCUGGGAUGAUUCGAAACGAAAGAUCGCCACACAACUAUCGCUUCUUACGUCUGUUAGAGGGGUUCGGAUUUCGAGGACUCACAUAGUUGUCGCACUUUUGAACAGCAUACGCGUCUACCUCUUCCAUAGUACGCCUGAGCUAUAUCAGGCUUUCGAAACUGCAGGAAAUCCUUAUGGUUUAUGCUGCUUGGGGACCAGUAUCUUGAUAUUUCCUGGUAGAACGGUUGGUCAAGUACAAGUGGUUGAACUCAGUACUGGAAACGUCAGCAUUAUACCCGCUCAUUCGGGGGCUCUCCGAGCUCUAGCUUUAAGUCGUGAUGAGGAGGUCAUUGCAACUGCCAGCGAAACCGGUACACUUGUCCGGGUGUUUGCAACAAGCAAUUGUGCGAAAAUAGCUGAACUCAGACGAGGUGUUGACCAUGCUGAUAUUUUCUCUAUUUCCAUUGCUCCUUCAGGUCAGCUCCUAGCUGUUACUUCAGAUAAGUCUACGCUCCAUAUUUUCGAUAUUCCACAUCCCUCGAAGCCUCCGAGAUCUGAAUCAGAGCUUGGUCAUCGACGGCUUACAUCCCUUGGAGGUGGUGGCAUCAGUAGUCCAUCGACGCCGGAUUCUGAUACCAGCAACAAAUGGGGAAUUCUAGGGAGACUCCCUUUGAUGCCUCGAGUGUUCUCAGAUGUAUACUCUUUUGCUACAGCGGCAUUUUCCACUGGCGAGGAGCCUUUGUCGGCGUCUUCUAAUCCACUAACAGCAAGCGAGGCUGGACCAAAACCCACAAAAGGUCUCAUUGGAUGGACAAGUGAUGAAAGUUUGAUUGUUGUCGGAGCAGGCACCGACAGUCGAUGGGAGAAGUUUAUCAUUGCCGAGGGUGAAGAUGGCAAGCGUUACUGCAUAAGGGAUGGCUGGAAGAGGGUUCUGAGAGUCGAGUAG